AUGAAGUCCUUCGCCAUCGCGAUUACUUUCUUAGCCGCUUCAGUCUCCAUUUCUGCGUUCCCGCUGCAGAAGCUCCGCAGAGCGGACGUCGACGCUGCGACGAUCGCGGCGCUUGCGCCUCCUCUCGGCUUUACUGCAGGCUUAAACCCCGACGGUACCGGGUCCUGCGAUGGAGCAAACGGAGCAGACGGGAAGCCUAUCAAGAUCCCAUGCGACUGCCCUCCGGACAACGCGACAUAUAUCGCGGCGCUCACUACCAACGUCCAAGCCGGUCAUCAGGUCAACAACACCGGUGUGCUGGUGAACUUCCCGACCGACAACUCCAUCUCGUCGGAGCAGGCGCGCAUCACGACCGCCCUCGAGACCCUGCAGAACCUCGUCGGGCCUGGCAAGGGUUGCCCUGCUGUAUCCACCACCCUUCAAGCGCUCUCCAAGAGCCUGGACGCGCAGGCCUCAGCCGGCGCCUCCACCGUGGCCGCAGUGACCGCUGCCCCCGCCACGAGCGCCGCUGCUGCGCCUGCCACUUCGGCGGCCACUGUAACCUCCGCUGCCGACGACGCGACCGCCACAUCCUCGAGCGGGCUUACGCUCGAGCAGGUCGACCAACUCGCCCCCGACCUCGGCUUUUCCUCCGGUGUGAACCCUACCGGUACUGGUGACUGCGACGGCGCCGUCAACGGUGCGGACGGCAAGCCCAUCAAGAUCCCAUGCAGCUGCCCUCCUCCGCGCAGCCUGUUCAUCGCUGACCUCUUCGCCAACAUCCAAGCCGGGCACCAGGUCAACAACACCGGCGUCGCUGUCAACUUCCCCACGGACGACAGCGUCGCGUCGCAGCAGGCUCGCAUUACCGCCUCGCUCGAGACGCUCCAGAACCUUGAAGGCCCCGGCAAGGGCUGCCCUGCCGUCUCCACCACCCUGCAGGCGCAAUCCAAGGCCCUCGGACGUAAGUAG